AUGUCCACGAGCGCAGAGAUGCAUGGGGACCUUAUUGCAAGUGGGAUUGCCAUUUCCAGCCAAUCCCGUGAGCCGUCUAGAGAGGAACGACGCAGGAACCAGAAUCGAGUCAACCAACAAGCGUGGCGGCAGAGAAGGCGUGAUCGAAGGGCAGCGGAGCAGCUCGCCCGGACUCAACAGCUGUAUCGAGAACAAGCCACAGCGGCUGUUGUACCAGCCAGCUCGACGGAUUAUGUCGUUCCAGAUCUUAGUAGCCUGCUCGAUCUCAUACGAGGAGAAUCUCAAUAUGAUAGAUCAACUGCAAGGGACUGUCAGUUAACUCACCCUGGGCUAUCUCGACUACUAUCUGUCUUUGAGGCAGCUGCAUACCAGAGCUACCGCGGAAACCCACGUGCGGAUCACCGCUUAACGCUGGUGAAACUGAACGUGUUCCGCGCCUUUGUGUGUAACAUCACUGCCCUCGGAUACACGCGGGAAGGAAUGACAGACGAUUCCCUCUCGCGCUUCAGCAUCAACGGCCCUCAACCCGCGAGCACACCAGCAGAGUCCAUCCCAGCCAGCCUACAACCAACAGCACUACAACGGAGCCAGCCCCAUCACCCAUGGCUGGACUUCUUCCCCUUUGCACGACUACGAGACAAACUCAUCCAAUACGAAGAUUACAUGGACGAAAGCCAAUUCUGUCGCGAUUUGAUGGGCUUCUGGACGAUGCCGGAUGAGGAUAACUGUAUCAUUGUCUGGGGAGAUCCGUGGGAUCCGAUGAACUGGGAAAUCACCGAAACGUUUCUACAGAAAUGGGGGCGGCUGGUGAAGGAGUGUCCGGAGAUUAUGUGGUCGACGAAUUACUGGCGUCAUGUACGGGGGGAGAAACGGCUGACGUGGAGAGCUUCUUUUGAUCAGCUACGCGUGCUGCCGGUUCAUUUGUAA